AAAAAAUAUUUCAAUAAUUACAAAUUUACUAAAUUAAUUAUUCAUUCAUCUAAUUUACAUAAAAAAAACAAUCAUUAUUAUUUAUUAAUAACUAGAGGUUAUGUCCGAUAUUUCUUGGGAUGAAGAUAAUGAAACUUCUGAAAGUGGAAGAUGGAGGAAGAAGAGACACAAACAUAAAAAAUCAAUUGAUGGGAUUUUACCAAUUGAAGAACAUCCAAAUAAAUCUAUAACUCCCUUAUUGAAUACAUCAAAUACUUCUGAUUUUAUAAGUAAGAUUAAGGAGAGCCAAGAUGAAACCAGCGAAAAAGAGAAAGAAGAUAUUGCAGAAAAGAAUAUAACGAAAGCUGAGAAUAAUGAGGGACGAGAAGUACCAGAUAAAGAUUUUCAAGAUGUAACUAUCCCAACAAGAUCGGCUACAGAAGAGGAAAUGAAUCUUGCCAUAGUUUUCGUUAAAGAUGCAAUGGAUGGUAGAUUUUUCAUGUUAAAAACUUAUGACCAAUGGUGUGUUAAAUCAUAUAAAGUUUAUAAUUGGGUUAUAUUUACUCUAUUGUUAAGAAUCUUCAAUAUUUUACACUUAUGUCUUCCCGUAAUUGAAAAGCCUGCUACAUUUACAUUCAAUGGAAUUGAAUAUCAUCUUCAUGAGAAAGUUGGACUAUGGUCGAUAGUUGCAGAGAUUAUUAUAUUUAUGUAUUACAGUGUCCGAAUAAUGCAUAUGCAUCACUUUGAAAAAGCUGAAUCGUUCUGGAAAAAAUGGACAAACCGAUGUAUAGUCGGUGGCAUGGUAUUAACAGCAAUAGAUAUUGUUGUAUUUAUCGGAGUGGGGCAAAAUAAUGGAUUAAGAGUUACUAGACUACUAAGACCUGUGUUUGUAGUUUGCUUUGCUGACAACCGAAUGUUAAUGAAAACUAUUCGGAACAUUGCGUUUACUGUACCGGAUGUUGCUAAUGUUCUGUUUCUGUUAGCUUGCAGUAUGGGAGUUUUCUCACUCUUUGCACUGAAGAUGUUUCAGAAGGAUCCAGCUGGCAAUGAAAAAAUUCCAAAAUGGUCAAAUGGAGAUCCCUACUUUCAGAGUUAUCCAAAUGUUGUUUGGCAAAUGUACGUGCUAGUGACUACCGCAAACAAUCCAGAUGUAUCUUUACCUGCAAGAACGGAAAACGCCGCCUACGAAAUAUUCUUUCUUAUUUAUAUAUUAAUCAAUUUAUAUCUAUUUAUGUCGAUAUUGCUGGCUGUAAUCUAUAAUUCUUAUAAAGAAAGAUUAAAGGAGGAAGUAUUAUCAAUUGUAAAGAAAAAACAACAGAAUCUUUUAAGGGCAUUCGACCUGAUCAAGUCUAAUGUUGCAGGAUUUGGAGAAUGUGUUACGUUAGCAAAUUUUUAUCAAUUAAUGAAAGGUAUUUUACCGGAUAUAACGCAAAAUUCAGGAGAGUUCUAUUUUUGGGUUCUCGAUAAUAAUUUAGAUGGGGUAUUGGUCAAGAAAGAAUUUUUUAAGGUUGCCGAUUUAUUAAAUACUCAAGUUAGAGAGGCACAAGACCUGAGACCAAGAUUUGCCAGACUAUGUCCAAACUUUUAUUAUUCAAAAUUCUCUGGAUUUUUCGUAAGAUUACAUCAUAGUAUCUAUUAUAAGAUUCUAAUAGACGGUGCAAUUAUUGCUAAUGCUGUUGUCAUCGGAUUGCAAAUAGAGAAAGCAGAGCACAUAUUCGUUGCGCUAUUUACAUUUGAAGUAGUCUUGGGAAUCUAUGCAGAAGGUCCUAAGGUUUAUCUUAGUCGUUUCUUCGACGCUUUUGACACGAUAUUAAUCUGUUGUAGUUUAUUAGUAAAUAUUUUGAGUAUUGUAAAUGAUGACAUAAAAAAGGCCAAGUUUGUACUGAUGCUUAGAGUUUUACGUCUUAUACGGCUAACGAAUAAGGUUAAAGGAUUUCGUAUUGUUGCAGAAACUAUUGCAAAUAUUAAAGGAUAUCUACUAAUUUACUCAUCGGUCCUGUUCCUCUUUUACUAUUUUUACGCUUUAAUUGGAAUGGCUUUCUUAUCCCAUACAAUAAGGGAGCAUAGAAUAUCCCAGGAUAAUUAUCACUAUUGGCCUGGUUGCAAUAAUUCGGCACCUCGCAUGAAUACUUCAGACUUUUAUAAUUUAGGUUAUUGUAGUGUGAAUUUCAAUAAUAUAUUACGAGCUUACGGCGUCUUAUUUAUUGUCACUGUUGUUAAUCAAUGGCAUGCUGUAACUGAUGGGUUUGCUUUUGCUGUAGGAUGUGGAACAAGCAAUUGGCAAUGCUUUAAAGUUAGGUUAUAUUUUAUGUCCUUUCAUCUUAUUGGCGUUUUUCUUCUAAUGAAUAUCUUUCAAGCGUUUAUACUUGAAGUAUUCUUUAUUGAAUAUACAACUGAACGCAAUAGACUAUAUCUGUUUAUUGAGGGUUUACUGCAGAAAUUUAAUCUUAUAGCUGAUGAAGAAGAGUUAGCUUUAGAGAGACAAACUAAGAGGGAAGCUGCAGAAUUAGCCAUGGAACAACGAAGGGUUUUAGAAGUAAAAGGUCGAUCUGGUGGAAGUUUGAGAGUGCGACAGUCGUUUAUACCUGCUGCUGAGGCUGAAGAAAUUUUAUAUAAAGGAACAGAAGAAGCACCUGCAGUUCCCCCUGUAAAAAGGUCUAUAAAAGAUGGUAAUUAUAACGUUACCGUUCCCUUGCCGAAGAGCAUUCGCUGUCCUUUCAAAUCAGAAUACGUUAAAUUUAUAUUACAUAAAACGGGUCGUAAUCAUAUGAUGACUCUAAUAGAACAAAUGUUUGAAGAAGAUGUAAAGAGUUUGGAGAAGAAGGCUAUUGAAGCGGCAAACGAGUUCGGCUUCAUUGAAAUUGCUGAUGUAACCGAUCCGGAAAAAUUAAGAAAGAUUAUACAAAAGGUUCGACCUGAUGCCUUUAUCAUUUGA